UAUAAAAACGGUUUUUUGUACUCCAAAAAGGAAACGCUUACGGAAUGGAGACGUUCAAUGCAACAACUACCCGAUGUUAAAGACUAUGUUUCCCAUGAAGCUACACUCGAUUUUGCCCCGCCCACCUAUUGCUCGUAUCCGCUUUUGUAUCUGCGUUGCGAGGGGGACUUUGAGAAACCGCAGCAAUGUCGGUUCAGGUUGUAGCUUCGAAAAUGGCCGAGGUCGAACUGAAAGACAUUGGCGGCAAGGAUAUACCCGCUGUGGCCCCACUAAUACCGAAGGUGGAAGAGAAGCCGGUGGUUAAAUGUGAGCCUGUCGUGUCCCCUACUACACCCGUGAUUUCCAAUGUAGCAGCAGCCGUGGAUCCCACACUGCCGACCCCAAGCCCCAAUCUCAUGAAGAUGCCGCAGGCUUCUGCGAUGAAACGUACGGACCCGCAGCACAACGGCGGAGAGGCAUUCAUCAGCCCUGAUGGUACGGUUACUGAGGCCCCAAGAACGGUUAAAAAGCAAAUUCAGUUUGCUGACCAGAAGCAGGAGUUUAACAAACGCCCUACUAAGAUUGGUCGUCGGUCCCUAUCCCGCUCCAUCUCUCAGUCCUCCACUGACAGCUACAGCUCUGCGGCUUCUUAUACAGACAGCUCUGAUGAUGAGACUUCUCCAAGGGAUAAACAACAGAAGAACUCAAAGGGUAGUAGUGACUUCUGCAUCAAGAACAUCAAGCAGGCUGACUUUGGACGCCGAGAGAUAGAGAUUGCAGAGCAAGAGAUGCCUGCACUGAUGGCUUUAAGAAAAAGAGCUCAAGGAGAAAAGCCACUGGCUGGAGCCAAGAUUGUGGGAUGCACACACAUCACUGCACAGACUGCAGUGUUAAUGGAGACACUCGCUGCCCUUGGAGCUCAGUGUAGGUGGGCUGCUUGUAACAUUUAUUCAACUCAGAAUGAAGUUGCAGCAGCCCUUGCUGAAGGAGGUUUUGCAGUCUUUGCUUGGAAAGGUGAAUCAGAAGAUGAUUUCUGGUGGUGCAUUGAUCGAUGUGUUAAUGUUGAAGGAUGGCAACCAAACAUGAUUCUGGAUGAUGGAGGGGAUCUUACUCAUUGGAUUUAUAAGAAAUAUCCAAAUAUGUUUAAAAAAAUUAAAGGGAUAGUAGAAGAAAGUGUCACUGGUGUGCACAGGUUAUAUCAGUUGUCAAAAGCUGGAAAGCUGUGUGUUCCUGCAAUGAAUGUGAAUGACUCUGUUACCAAACAGAAAUUUGAUAAUUUGUACUGCUGCAGGGAAUCCAUCCUGGAUGGGCUGAAAAGAACAACAGAUGUUAUGUUUGGAGGAAAGCAAGUUGUAGUAUGUGGAUAUGGAGAGGUGGGCAAAGGUUGUUGUGCAGCCCUGAAGGCAAUGGGAUCAAUCGUGUAUGUCACAGAGAUUGACCCUAUUUGUGCCCUGCAGGCCUGUAUGGAUGGUUUUCGGCUGGUGAAGCUAAAUGAAGUCAUUAGACAGGUGGACAUUGUUAUCACCUGUACAGGUAAUAAAAAUGUUGUGGUACGGGAAUACUUGGACCGUAUGAAGAAUGGCUGCAUUGUCUGCAACAUGGGACAUUCCAAUACUGAAAUUGAUGUGGCUAGUCUUCGCACUCCAGAGUUGACCUGGGAGCGUGUGAGGUCACAAGUGGACCAUGUAAUUUGGCCAGAUGGAAAAAGAAUAGUUCUUCUGGCUGAGGGCCGUCUACUCAAUCUCAGCUGCUCCACAGUUCCCACCUUCGUGCUUUCUAUCACAGCCACAACUCAGGCAUUGGCUUUAAUAGAGCUUUACAAUGCACCAGAGGGUCGAUAUAAGCAAGAUGUUUAUCUGUUACCCAAGAAAAUGGAUGAAUACGUAGCAAGUCUUCACCUUCCAACAUUUGAUGCACACCUGACCGAACUGACGGAUGAGCAAGCAAAGUACCUGGGCUUAAAUAAAAAUGGGCCCUUUAAGCCAAAUUAUUAUAGGUAUUAAUCUCCUGUGAAAAGAAAAUUUUAACAAAUACACAAACUGGAAGAACAGUAUAUUUGAGAACAAGAAAUGAAGCUACUGUAAAGGAAAAUGAAGCUCCUGGUUUAAAGCUGGACUUGACGGAAUACCAGAAAGCGCAUCAAGAGUUUUUUAUUUAUUUAAAGUAGAAUACUGUAAUCUUAACCUCUGACAGCCCAAGCCAUUUUAUCAUUCUUUGAAGUGGCUGGGAGAGGUAACAUUGUUUCAUUUUCUCGAACGUAUCUUUGUCAGGUGUUAGUAAUCCAUUAUAGUUGUUAUCGUAAAACAAAAGAGAGGUAUUGAGGGGAGAGUGAAUGAUGAUUUUUUCUUGUUUUUUUCAUCUUUUGAUUCAUUCACUUUACUCUUACUGUCUUUUUGUUUUGAAAAUAUCUCUGAAGAACCGUAGCCGUAUUUUAUUCUGUUGAUCACUGUUCUGACUGCCAUAUGAUGAGAAGAGUUAGCACAAGUAAAUCAUACUGUAGAUGUGUUCAUUAUAAUUUGAUUUUUUCCCCUACAGAUACAUGGGAAACACUAUAUAUGAAGCACACUACAGGACAUCUUUAAACUUAUGAUAAUUUAUUUAGUAUAAUAUGUAGUGACAUAUUUACAGUGAGGAAUAUAAUGCAUUUCAGUUAUUUCUUUCAUUUCUAUUAAAAUUUAGUGUUUUAGGUGAUGUUGUUUUUUCUGACAAAUUCUGAAAUUAUUUAAUGCAUUACAUUUUAACCCUCAGUUAAAAACUGAUGUUCUUAGACUACAAGCUUGAUUCAAACUGACAAAAAUGGAAAGAAUACUAACAGAUAAUGCUGCUUUGGUAAUUGGUAUUUAGCCAUAUCAAAAUUGAUCUUGUCCUAUAGAGUACAUUGUGUAGCCAGUUAUGUACUCUUUGAGAAGAACUGGCAUUUGUUAAGGUUUUGUCUGGAGUAGUAUCUAUUAACUCUUUUACUGUUAAUCAAGAAGUACCACUCAUGCUUUGUGUCUUCCACUGUCUUGGUGGUGAAGUGAUUUAAUACUGUUGGGUCAUUCUAUAUAAUGUGGAGAAAAAAUCAUUAGAAAAUCUCCUUUAUCAUACUUUUCAUCUCAAGAACAGUAAGUUAAGUAAACAUUAGCAGUAAUAGUUCACUUUUAUUACAAGAUUGUUCUUGCUAUACAGUAUGUUUCAUAUUUUAGGUUAUGGUGUCAACUAACAAUCAUCUUCUUUGGUGUUUACAUUUUGAUUAAGAAAAGGUCAUCUUAUAAAAUGUUUCUGAAGGCCACGAGUAAUUGUGCUGAUGAAAUUUUCAUCAGUACACUUAAUGAAAGAUAAUGUGCCUGUGCAGUUAUUUUCAUAUCUCAUCAUGGAAGAUGCAGAACAAAGUUUGCUGUCAGAAAAAUCUGACAAAAAUGUUAGGUACCCUUUGUCACUCUUUUUCCACUUGAAAAACAAACAGAACACAAAAGGGGACAAGUGGCUUUUCAAUAGAUUGAUGAAUAUACAGCUGGUUUACCCAUGAUUUAAAACCUUAAAAAUAUAGAUGUCUUUUUGUUUGCUGUGAUCUUUAAUGAUGUGAUGUGGAACUGACUAACAGAAUUUUGUUUUAUUCAAAACUCCACAAGUAAGGUUUGUUUCACUUUUUUAUUUAUUUGUUUUAAACUCAUUGUCUGUUGGCUUUAUUUUAAUUAAUUAAAACACUGUGCUAGAGACUCUAAAAAUUAAUAUCUGCAAAAAUACUUAAAUAAGAGACAAAACCCCAAAGGUGUUAUGUCAGUGUUAUAUACUGUAUGUGCUGCUAAAGAAUUCAUCCAUAUCUAUUAAAAUGUAACAAAUAUAUUAAAGUAGAACAUUUAUGAAAAAAGUAAAGAAUUUGUUUUUUCAUAGUAUUGCCAAUUUUUUUGAAAAUGUAUAUUUAUAGGGAAGGACCUGUAUCAGCAUGUAUUUACAAGCAAAAUAUAGAUCAAGGUUAAUUCCAUGCCCAAAAAUAAAAAGGAAGAAACUUAAUGUUUUGACUGUUGACACACUCGAUCAUUUGCCACCUCCAAAACUUUGUUUCUAACUUUUUUUAUUUUUUAGCAAGAGGUUAACCCUUUCUUAUUGAUUUAUUUUCAUUCUCAUAUAUAUAUAUUAACAUAAUAUGUGUGUGUUUAUGUCUGUAUAAUGCCCAUACACACAAACACAAAGGAUGUAAAUAGAAAUGACUUACUGUGUAUCUCUCAGUGCUGGCCUUGACACAGCACUAAUGUCAAAUGUGCUACUCUGUAACCUAAUGCACUUGUUGUGAGCGUGUGCAGUGCUUCCUUUGGGGUCAUUAAUUAAAAUGUGCAUAUCAUAUUUACUCUUUUACAGCUGUUUACAUACGUUUCAUAUGAAAAUAUAAUUUUUUCCAAGAGAUUUUAUUCUUACCCACUUUUAUAAAACUUUUACCAUCAUCUAAAACUGUUCAGCUUAUUGUAUGGAAAACAAUAGAAUUUGGAUCCUUUAAUUUCAAUAUUUAUUUUCAUAUAAGAAUUAUAAAAGGAAAUACUGGCUUUAUGGUGUGUGAUACUUCUGAAUUCUCCACAAUUGCUGCAAUAAGUUUUGCAGAUGUAUAUUUUUGUCACCAAUAAUACUAACAUUAAAAAAAUAGACAAUUUUUUUUUUUUUAAUCUUUACAGUGCAUUGUAAGGUAAUCGUGAGAUGCAGCAUGGUGAACUUAUGAGUAAAAUGAACAAAAUAAAAUUUCCUACUUUCUACAAAUUGUUCAAAGGAGGGUGUCAAAAUAAUGUGUCAUUUUUUUUUGUCAGGUGUCCCUUUUUUCAUACUGAUUUCUCAUGUGAAAGUGAAUGAAUAACUGCAGUUAUGAAAGAAGCAAAAUGUCACUUGACUAUAUCAAAGUACAGUACUUGCCAAUUGUUAAGAUCUGGAUGGAUAUAACACUGUAUUGAUACUGAUGAUAAACGUCACUUUUGGUGUCAAAUAUAUAAAAUUAUUUGAACAUAAUUUACUUGUGCUAAUUUCAGUUCAUCUUUUUCAAUGAUUUUUUUUUUUUGCAAGUAAAGCCCAAUGUCUUAAUUUUUAACUGUUGUUUUGGGGGAUCGCUCUUUGGGGAUUUUGUUUAUAAUUUAAAGUGUGCUUUUUUAUCCUUGUUCAAUUCUGUGAUGGUUUUAACUUUUAUUUGACAAAUUUGUCUCAGGAUUAGAUUCUGUAUGUGGCCACUGAGUCACAAAGUAAUUGCAUCAAGCAGAGAAUGAGGUAGGGUAACACCAGCAUUUUGAGACCAAGAAUUUUAAAGAACAAAAAUAAAUCUAUAUAUCAUAAAUUUGCAUUACUGAGCAGUUAAACUGAAUUUGUUCAAAUGAUGUUUUAAUUAUUACAAAUGAUUGUAGUAGAUAAGCAAUAAUGAAUCUGUAAUCAAAAACUAAAUAAAGUCUAAAACCUC